AUGGGAAAGUGCCACCUGCAUGACGGGUGGGGACAACGUCGUGGCCGGCUCGCCUGGUAUGGCCGUCAGCGCGCCAGCGCGCGGGCCGGACUGGGAGCGAAGCAGGGCUCGGCGGUCCGGCGUCAACGACGGCCUCGGCACGCAAUCGCGCGGGUUGUGGCCAUGCACCUUCAAUCAAUGCUUGUCGUGUGCCAUGCUGAGCCUACAUCGGCUAACAGAGCGCGCCUGAACAGGUGCAUCGCUGAUGCAGAGACUGUUGAUUCGAAAGCAGCCGGCAAGAAGCUCGCAUCCGAGCUCAAGCGCCUGAUCGAAAGAUCGAAGCACCUGCUUACGAAUUCAUCGUCUUUGCGCUUGCCCGACGUGCUGGUUUUGGAGUUUGCCAAUCCGCAGUGCGUGAUGGACGAUUGGCCUGGGUUUGCAGCUGGCUCCGACUAUCUGCCCAAGCAGGGGCGAUGUAUACCUGUGAUCGUCAUUGAUGUGUUGGAGGCGCAACGCUCUUUGCCAAAAUGCCAUGACGGAAUACUGCGCUUGGCAGGGACCUACGAGGUCCUUGAUCAGAUGGAGUUUUCUGCGCCUUGCAACUUGAGCGCCGAAGGCGCAGAGGUGCUUUUGCGGGCGCCCCUCCGGUUCCAGGGCUCCACCAGCAUCCGGGGGGACGUGCGAUUCCGGGCUCUCCGUGCUUUCAGGGAACCUUGUGUUACCGUUGGGGGCAAUUUCAGCCUUCAUCCUGCGGCGAACGUGGCUUUCGAAGGCUGCCACAACUCGCAAGCAACUGAAGAUGACGAGAAGGAAAGGCAGCGAGCGACAGACCGCCUUGGGGGCGCCUUGAAGGUUGCCGGCGACGUGGAGCUGUUGGGAGGGGUGCUGCUCUUUGUGGCUUGCCGAUCGGCGCGAGGUGGAGCUUUGUAUGCGGAAGGCAGCUUCCGGCAGUCCGGGGGCCGCUUCGAAGCUGCUGGCUGCUCUGCGGAGUUCACUGGAGGAGCCCUCCAUGUGCAGGGGGACAUCGAGAUUUCUGGUGGCCACCUAGCCUUCCACAACUGCACCUCUAGCAGCGGUGGAGGCGCCGUUUCUUCCGAGCGCGGCGCCGUCUUGCGCGGCGGAAGCUUGCUCUUGGAAGGGUGCUCCUCCACUUUUGGAGGUGGAAUCGCAGUAUACAGCGGCGGCUUGACGCUGUCCGGGGGCGAUGUCCGAGUGAGGAACUCUACAUCGCACGCCUCGGGAGGUGCCAUCUACGUCGCUGAGGGCAUAUUGGAGGUUUCAGGAGGGAACAUUUCCAUCCACAACGCGUCGUCCGAGAACGAUGUUGGAGGCGCCGUGCACGCAGCCGAUGGCGCCCACUUUCGCGGUGGCCAACUGCUGGUCGAGGGCUGCUCCGCAGAAAGCGGAGGUGCGCUGGCGGUGAAAGGUGGGCUCAACUUCUCCGGUGGCAUCUUCAGCAGCAAGUGGUGCGAUGCAGAAUAUCGCGGAGGUGCGCUUUCGGUUGAGGAUGGCAUCAAUUUCUCUGGUGGCCUCUUCAGCAGCAAGUGGUGCGCGGCCGAAUCGUUCGGAGGUGCGAUUGCGAUAUCAGGUGGCGGCUUCAACCUAUCCGGUGGGCACGUUGAGAUUGAGCAGGCUACGGUCCAGGCAAACGGAGGUGCCCUCUUCAUCAGCGAAAUGGGCUCCUUCCAGGCUUCUGGGGGCCACCUCUCAGUUCGCCACACCGAAGCACGCGGUUCAGCAGGUGCCAUUCAGAUCCCAACUGGUUUCUUCCACCUCUCCGGGGGCAACAUUUCCAUUCGCAAUGCCACAGCCCGAAACGAUGCUGGAGGUGCGAUCUCGGCCGCACGCGGCUUCUUCAUGCGCGGCGGACACCUUUUGAUCGAGGGCUGCAUCGCCCUGGCGGAUGGAGGUGGUAUUUCAACUCAGGACUUCAGCCUUUCGGGCGGCGACUUGCGCAUGGCUUGGUGUGACUCAAAGGCAAAUGGAGGCGCCAUCUUCGCGAGUGGCCACGUCGAGGUUUCUGGCGGUGACAUGACGGUCCGUCACGCCACCUCCCAGAUUGCCGGAGGUGGGGUCUAUGCCAGGCAGGGUGCGAAUUUCAGUGGUGGCCAAGUCCUGAUCCAGGACACCAUGAGCCAGACUGGUGGAGGUGCCAUUUUCGCGAUGGGACCAGAAGAGGGCGAGCGUGGGGAAAGCUUUGAGGUUUCGGGCGGCAACCUUUCCAUCAUCAAGGCCUACGUUGUCAGUGGAACUGGAGGAGCAAUCUCUGCAUACCAUGUUUCCCUGCGUGAUGGUCGCCUAUUCGUACAUGGAGCCAGCAGUGAACGAGGAGGUGCAAUAAUGGUGGUUCGAGGUGACAUGAUUGUCACGGGUGGCACCUUUGAAAGCGAGCACACCGAAUCCCUCGGCGAAGGAGAAUUUGGAUACCGAGUUUGUGGUGGCGGUGCAAUUUACCUUCAGCAGGGUUCCUUCGAGAUGCACAAGGGCAGUGUGCUCAUCCGGAACUCCACUGCAAAGAAGUUCGGAGGUGCCAUCGCUACCCACCAGAAUGUCUCCAUCCUGGGUGGUAGCCUUCGGAUUGACAGCUGCCGCGCCACCAGCGGAGGAGCCAUUGCGCUGAUGGGCGGUGCCUUCACCCUCGCCGGCGGCGACUUGCGCAGUGAACUUUGCACUGCAAGCAGAUAUGGAGGUGCCAUCUACUCCAGUGCCCAGCUCUAUCAAAUUUUGGGACAUGGCUCCUUCGAGGUCACGGGUGGCAACAUGUCGAUUCGGAAUGCUUCCGCGGGCUUUGAUGGAGGUGCCAUCUCCAGCCAAUCAUCACUCGGCGUCGCCCUUCGCGGGGGGCGCGUGGAUCUAGAGCACUGCGACGCCGGCUUGGCUGGAGGUGGAAUCAGCCUGGACAACGGUGAUCUCCACGUCGCCGGCGCUUUCAGCUGUAGGUGGUGUACGUCAAAGAAAGGAGGCAGCAUCUAUGUGCGGAAUGGGAGCAUGACUGUAAGCACAGAGAUUGAUGUCCUCAACUCGUUGGCGCACGACCUCGGUGGGGGAGUAUACGUUGGGCGCAGUGCCCGCUUUGAAGCUGGGCUGCGAAUGGGGCCCGCAACCGCGCGCGAAGGCGGAUGCCUCUACGUUCUGGGCAACCUGACCGUGCGAGGCACGUCGCUCUUCCGGGCUUGCGCAGCGUCCGGGCGAGGUGGCGCCCUUUCUGCGCAGGGGGACCUGAAAGUGCAAGACAUGGCAGUGGUCGGCGGUGGCGCGCCUUCGGCGGGGAUCUUUGUGACCCUCGGCAAUGCGAGCGUUGCAAGCCUCCGUGUCGACACAUUGCGGCCGGGACAGGCCAUGGCGAGCUCCCUGGUGAUUGGCUCUGUGGACUGCUUGGCUUCGCCUGGGUGCCAGUUCGAAACUGACCUGGAGACUGGCAACCUGCAGCUUGGAAACCUUGCGUGCGGCCGAGGGCUGGGGUGGGUGAACAAGCAGGGCGAGGCAAGUUGCCAAUCAUGCUCGAAAGGCCACACGCGACUCACCAUGCACAGCACAAGCUGCACCCGCUGCCCGGCCGUCAGCAACGUGACAAUCUCUUGCGAGCCGACGAUGCUGGGUGUGCCAGCGGGCUUCAUGGUCGUUCUGGACCCCCUCCGUGCAGACGACCUGUCCGAGUGGUACCAGUGCCCAAGUGAUCUGGCCUGCCCGGGAGGCCUGCUCAACGCCAGCUCGGGCCCUGGCGAACCCGUGCAGGUGAUCAUACCCAUGUGCUCCGGCGGCUACACCGGCCCUGGGUGCACCCGCUGUAUGGAAGACCACGCCCGCGGGGACAGCAACGUCCUGCAAUGUGUGGAGUGCGCCACGACUCGCCCGAAGGUGGUGCGGUAUGUGGCCUUCUAUAUCAUCAAGAACUUGGCCCUUUUUGCCUCUGCCGUCGGCAGUGUCACGGGCGCCAAAGCUGAGAGGGCGGCAAGCGCCACGCUGCUCAACCAGCUGAUGGCCUUCGCCGCCGUUGCCGGCGUAGCCAUGUCUGGUGCCAUGCAGACGCAGGCCUUCCAGAGCUUGCAGCAGGGAACGCAGGACCUCCUGGAGUACUUCCUGCUCCCGGUGGACAUCGCGCAAGGGCAGACUUCUGGCGGGCCCCAGAUGUCAGCAGAGUGCCUUCUGGCCCUGAUGGGGAUGGAGAAGACAGUGCACCACGCGCAUGUGCUGAUGUCCAUCUGGCCAGCGGUCCUCGUUGCUGGUCUUGGCGUACUUAAAGGCGGCUGGCUGGCGGCGGUGGUGGGCACCAACGUCUUCCUCCCGGCCUUCACCGCGGCCUUUGGCAAGUACCUGGUCGUCUUCCGCCUCCGGCCAGAACGCCUGGGAGGGGAACUGCACUGGGACUUCCUGCCCCCAGGCCCGGCAGCCGCCGUCCUGGCCCUGGUAGUGGCCUCCGUUUGCGCGUGCUUCGCGCUGGGCGCGGGUAGCUGGCUGUACGUGGUCCAGUUCCGCCAGGAGCCCAUGCGGCCUCAUGUGGCCUACCUGAUGCAGGCCUACAGAGUCGACUGCUCCGUGUGGGAGGUGGAACGCCUGGCACGGAAGAUGCUUUUGGCUUUGGUCACCACCAUGCUGCCUGUGACGCUGUCGCCUGCCCUGCAGAUGGAAGCCGUGAGCCUGAUCCUGACAGCCUCUGCAGGUCUUCACUAUUACUUCCAGCCCUACAAGGUCGAGUCGUUCAACAGCUCCGAGAUCGCCUUGCUGGCCCUUGCUUUGACCAUGACCGGGCUGACCACCACCCUCGUGGCCAACGACCUCCACUGGGCCCGCUCCAUCUUCACGCAGCUGGUGAUGAUCUUUCUGGUUUCCUUCCUGGCGGCGGGGGUGUGCCUGGUGAUGAUCAUCCGAUUCGCACUGGCCUUCCGUGACGAGCGCCGUCCAGCCGCAUCGAAGGAGGAGACGGCUGACAUCUGA